AGAAGUUGCAGUAAAUUUGAUAUCUGGUGGUGAUAAAGGUGAUCUAAAUUUAUUAAUAGAUAUGAAUUACUUUUAUUAAUAGAGUCCUUUUGUACUUUUAACAGGUUCAACAUAGAAUUCUUAAAAUUAAUCUCUAUAAUUGCUUCUUCCUGAAAAUGGAAGAUUUUAAAUUAUGGUUGGAUUAUUUUAAGGCAUCAAUUAUGGUGUAUCACCUAUUCCCCAAUUUUUAAACAUAUUAUUAUAUGUAGACAUUCCUGAAAAAGAUCCAAGAUUUGUAUUAUUUGAUUUAGGUCCUUUUUGUAAUUGUACAUUAGAUAAAUAUCCUGGAUAAUCAUGCUAUUUUUUUAUUAUUAUCAAUAUACUUUAUAAGUUGUAACUCUUUUUAUAUCCCCUUCUUAUUUAGGGUUUAAGUAUAAGUUUUAGUUAUAAUUUGAACAUUUAUCAGGAAUUUUUUACACAAAUUCUUAUUAAUAUAUAGAUUUAUUAAGAUGAAGAUUUGGUUUGUUUAGACAAUUUUUUCCAUUACAAUGAUGUUUACCACAAUUACAUAAUGUACACAAACAUUAUCCUAAUUUAAUAAAAAUUAUCAAUUACCUCCAAGAUGAUCAAAAUAUUAUUAGUAUUUGUCAUCAUCUUGACUAUAUCGAUUUUUUUGAUGAUUCACUAAUUUCUCAAAAACCUUUUAUAAAUUUUCAUUAUACUUUUGAUUAAGUUUAAUUAAACCCUUUUGAUGAAUUAGAGUUUUUAUUAGAACUAGAUGAUCGUAUAAUUAUUUUUUAAGCAGGCAUAUUUUAUUAUUAAUAAUGGCAAUUCACUGAAAUUUAAAGAAUUUCUUGAAUUGUGA